UGAAGUUGAGUUCUAUGAUCAAAGCCAUGUGCAACAGUGGCAAGCAUAAAUCAUGUAGGUCCCCAGAUUGCUGCUGCAUGGCUCUUCUUUGCUUCUAAACCUCAAAGUCCAUUUGAAAGGUCGACAAUCCAACAAACUUCUAUAAAUACCCACAAACUCCAAGCAAUCAUAUCCAUCUUCAAAUUCUCCAAUUACAUCUUUCAGCACUCAUCACAAGCAGAACUUUUACAUCUCUUUGUUUAUCAUUAAUCACUUUGCAAAAAUGGGUGUUAUGCGUUCAAUGGUCUCACAAUCAAAGCAAAUUCUCAAACUACACUCUCUAAGAAACCAAUCAUCAUCGGUAGUUCCUAAAGGACAUUGCGCUGUUUACGUCGGAGAAACCGAGAAGAAGAGGUUUAUUGUUCCUCUAUCUUACUUGAACCAUCCUUCGUUCCAAAACUUGCUAAGUUGUGCAGAGGAAGAGUUUGGGUUCGAUCAUCCAAUGGGAGGACUUACAAUUCCUUGUAACGAAGACGCUUUCAUUGAUCUGACUUCUCAACUGAAUUCUUCUUGAGAACAAAGAUAAUCAGAUAACAGUAGCUUAAUUGUAGACUAUUUUUUUAGCAAAGGGUUAUAUUCCAACCCAUGUAACAUACUACAUUUUUCUUGGGAAGAGUAAAAUUGAAAGACUCUCCCAUUGAAAGUACUAAUUAAAAUUUGCUCUUUUGGAUUAUUCCAUCUA